UUGACUUGUAGUUUGGAAACGAAUCGACUUUUUAACUAUUCUAAUUCCAAUUCCAGUUCAAAGCCUCCGUUUACAUUGCAUCUCUCCCUAGGAUCAAAACCUCCCCAUUUCUCGUCCAAUGGACAACAUUCUUCUUCCGUAACACAAUACAAUCACAAAUUGUUCCCCAAAACUCCCCAAUUUCUCCUCUUAAUCUGAUCAUCAAAUAGAAAAACACUGAGAGAGAUGGAUUUUGAUGAUGAAAGGCCUCAACAACAAGUAACAGGUGUUGUGAUAAUCACUCUUCCACCAUCUGACAACCCUUCUUUUGGCAAAACCAUCACAGCUUUUACACUUACUAAUGAUGUUUUACCUCAAUCCCUCACAACCCAAGAGCCAGACCAGGUUUUGCCAACAACCCGUGUUGUAUCAUCACCUCCACCUUCAUCCCAAAGUCCUCAACUUGGAUUCUCAUUCUCUGGGUUCUUUUCUGAAAACCCCAGAAAGCUGUUAGGAUUUCUGGGUGUCUCUCUUUUUGCUCUUCUUCUUUAUAGUUCGUGUUUUUCUAGUACUUUUGUAGAGCUGAAGAAUUCCAACGAUAAUGAUGAUGAUGAUAAGCCACAGUCUUUUAUCUUUCCUUUGUAUCAUAAACUGGGGGCUGCUGAUUUGGAGCUCAAGUUGGGGAGGUUUGUGGAUGUUGUUGAUAAGGAGAAUUUGGUGGUUUCGAUUAAUGGGGGUGCAAUGGAGACUAAGAUGGUUAACAAAUUGGUGGCUGCUAAUUCUAUUGUGAUGGAUUCAUCUGCUACUAUUUUGCCUGUUAGGGGGAAUGUUUAUCCGGAUGGAUUGUACUUCACAUACAUGCUUCUUGGGAAUCCUCAAAGACGUUAUUUUCUUGACAUUGAUACUGGGAGUGACUUAACAUGGAUUCAAUGCGAUGCUCCUUGCAGCAGUUGUGCCAAGGGAGCAAAUCCUCUAUACAAACCCACAAAAGUCAAUAUCGUAGCAUCAGGGGACUCAAUGUGCAUGGAGGUACAAAAGAAUCAGAAGCCUCAAAUUUGUGAAACUUGCCAACAGUGUGACUACGAGAUUGAAUAUGCUGAUCGUAGCUCCUCCCUGGGGGUUCUUGCAAAAGAUAAGCUUCACUUAGUGAAUCCAAAUGGAUCAAUUACCAACUUAGAUGUUGUUUUCGGGUGCGCAUAUGAUCAACAAGGCAUACUUUUGAACACACUAUCAAAGACAGAUGGAAUUCUUGGACUAAGCAAGGCUAAAGUUAGCUUGCCUUCUCAAUUGGCAAGCAAAGGGAUUAUUAACAAUGUGGUUGGUCAUUGCCUUGCAACAGAUGUCGCUUCCGGCGGAUAUAUGUUCUUAGGUGAUGAUUUUGUACCAAACUGGGGCAUGUCAUGGGUUCCUAUGCUUGGAAGCCCUUUAAUAGAAUUUUACCACACACAACUUGUGAAAAUCAAUUACGGAAGUAGCUCCCUAAGUUUAGGUGCAAAAGACAGCGACAAGGCAAGAGUUGUGUUUGACAGUGGCAGUUCUUAUACGUACUUCACAAAACAAUCAUAUGCCGAAUUGGUCUCUUCUCUUAGUGAGGUUUCCGAGCUAGGAUUUAUCCAAGAUGCAUCAGAUCCAACACUUCCAGUCUGUUGGCGGGCUCCAUUUCCUAUCAGAACUAUUAUGGAUGUUAACAAGUACUUCAAGACUUUAACCCUUCAGUUUGGGAGCAAAUGGUGGAUUAUAUCCAAGAAGUUUCAUAUUCCUCCAGAAGGGUACUUGAUCAUUAGUAAGAAGGGUAAUGCAUGCUUGGGCAUCCUGGAUGGAAACAAUGUACAUGAUGGAUCCACAUUUAUACUUGGAGAUAUAUCACUGAGGGGGCAAUUGGUGGUUUAUGAUAAUGAGAAGCAGAAGAUAGGCUGGGGUCCAUCGGGUUGUGGGAAGCCUAGUAGAUUCAAGAGCCUUCCCUUCUUUGAAGGAUAGCUAGUGACUGGCAUCUAUCAUUACUAUUAUUGUUAUGACACAAUUGCAACUUAAGUAGAUGAAAAACAUGUGUGUAUAUUCAUAAGAGCUUAUUACACUUUAGACACCAACCAGCCAGCCAUUUGUAAAUUUAUCCCACAUAAUACUAAAUAGACUCGGUCGCUAUCUGUAAUGUAAAAAUGCGUGUUCAGUUCAA